CGGUGAGCCCCUCUCCCUGCAGCAGCCAGGGCCGCCCCUGUGAGGCCUCAACUUCGGCCCGUGGCCCGCAGCCUUUCUCUCCAGUGAGCCCAGCUAUGGCCCGAGCCUGUGGUCUUCUCCCAGGAGCUUUGUAUUCUAACGCAGGAAUUGGUGAGAAGAAGGGAACUCUGAAGACUGGAUUUCUGAGGAUGAAACUUUGCACAGGACAACAUCAGACAAACUCACAGUGAUGGAGCCCCUCACCCCUGAAUCCAGGGAAGUCUGUGAACCCAGACUAGGGGAGCUAUUGGGAAAUGCAGAAGGGCAGAACCUGGGGAGUCCCCCCUCUCAGGAGGGGGGCUUCAAGCAGAUGACAGUUACCCAUUGGAAAAUCCAAACAGGAGAGACAGUCCAGGCAUGCAGUAAGUCAGGAAGAAACCCUAUUCUGAACUCAAACCUUCUUAUACUUCAGAGUGAGCUUAUAGAAGGGAAAACCCAUCCUUGUGAUAUUUGUGGCAAAAGCUUCACAUUUAAUUCAGACCUAAUUAGACAUCAGAUUUCUCAUACCGGGGAGAAACCUUAUAAAUGUGAUCAGUGUGGGAAAGGCUUUGGUCAGAGCUCACACCUUACUGAGCACCAGAGGGUUCACACUGGAGAGAGACUCUAUGUAUGUAACGUGUGUGGAAAAGACUUUGUUCACUAUGCAAAUCUUCUCGAGCAUCAGCAGGUACACACGGGAGAAAAGCCGUUCAGGUGUACGCAGUGUGGGAAAGCCUUCUGUCAUAGUUCAGACCUGAUUCGACACCAGAGGGUUCAUACCAGAGAGAGACCUUUUGAAUGCAAAGAGUGUGGAAAAGGCUUCAGUCAGAGCUCCUUGCUGAUUCGACAUCAGAGAAUUCACACAGGGGAAAGGCCCUAUGAAUGUAAUGAAUGUGGCAAAUCCUUCAUUAGGAGCUCAAGCCUUAUUCGACAUUAUCAGAUCCACACAGAAGUGAAACAGUAUGAAUGCAAAGAGUGUGGGAAGGCAUUUCGUCAUCGCUCAGACCUUAUUGAACACCAGAGAAUUCACACUGGAGAGAGACCCUUUGAAUGUAAUGAAUGUGGGAAAGCUUUUAUUCGGAGUUCAAAGCUCAUUCAGCAUCAGAGAAUUCAUACUGGAGAAAGGCCUUAUGUAUGCAAUGAGUGUGGAAAGCGUUUCAGCCAGACGUCAAACUUUACUCAGCAUCAGAGGAUUCACACUGGAGAGAAACUCUACGAAUGUAAUGAAUGUGGGAAAGCAUUCUUUCUGAGCUCAUACCUUAUUAGACACCAGAAAAUUCACACUGGAGAGAGGGUGUAUGAAUGUAAAGAAUGUGGGAAAGCAUUUCUCCAGAAAGCCCAUCUCACUGAACACCAGAAAAUCCACACUGGGGACAGACCCUUUGAAUGCAAAGACUGUGGAAAAGCCUUCAUCCAGAGCUCCAAGCUGCUUCUGCAUCAGAUCAUUCACACUGGAGAGAAGCCCUAUGUGUGUAGUUAUUGUGGGAAAGGCUUUAUUCAGAGGUCAAACUUCCUUCAACACCAGAAAAUUCAUACAGAAGAGAAGCUCUAUGAAUGUGGUCAGUAUGGGAAAGAUUUUAACUCAACCCCAAACUUUAAAAACAAUCCAGGUGUUCACCAAGAGGGCUCUCCUUGAGCAAGGCCCCCACACAAAAGUGUGAGAUCUGUAGGUCAGGGGGACACACAGACAACUUAGAAAAUAGUUCUCCCACGUAAUGAGUGAUGUUUAGAAAUGAAUGGUAUUAGGAUUUACGUGGCUUCAAAGAUUUGGACAUGUCAGAAUUUUGUGAAUCACAGACGGGGCUGCUUUGGGACUGUGCUGCCAUCUACCACUUUGCAGCAUCACUGGACUCAGCUGUGAAUGCUGUCCUCGGAGAGCCGUGGGGCUUUACAGCUGACUUUGAGCUGAAACGUGGGGACAAGGAGGAGAUAGGUCUCAAGAUAUUUAUGUUUCAUUCACAGAUACAGUCUAUCUUUGAGUUAAAUCCCUUCUAAAGCAGAACUGUGUAUCUAAUCUUGUUAUGUAGAAGAGUGUUACCUAGCAAUUUUGACCUAUCAAAAAAUCAAGUUGGAAAAAGCUAACUUUUAUGAAAACCAUGACAAACUGGUUCCCUGUUGUCCUUAGGAUAAACUCCAGGCUCCUAAUCUCCCCAUCGUGCAUCCUGCUCCAGCAGCACUAACUGCUUUGUGUUCCCCACAUGCUCCAAGCUGUUUCCUGCCUCUUUUCUUUUGUUCUUGUCUGAAUGGUCCCUCCUCUUAGCUGAUUAACUCCUAAUCACUGUUCAAGACUCACGUGGCAGCACGUUAGGGAUGCUUCCCUCAGGCUCGGCUCGGGAGGCGGUCUGUGCUGCCACUGCUUCGUGCUCCCCUCUGUUGCUGUACUUUGGUGUGUUAAACUUAUGAUUUUAUAUACCAUCUCUUUCAUUAUAUGCUUAGUUCCUUGAGGACAGUGAUAUCUGGCUGAUUUAUGUGUCCCUAGUGUCUAGCACGAAGCAAUAAAAAACACCCCAAAAUCUCUGCGUAACUGGCAUUUCUCUUGCAUUGUCCUUUCUAUACUGGUAUUUUAAAAAAUUUGGGGUGUUUUUUUGUUGUUGUUUUGUAUCAAUACAAUCUUUUCUAUUGGAAGUAUCUUCUCUCAGCCCUGUUACUGUCUUCUGCUCCCACUUGACUUGGGAGUUGCAGUCAAUCCCUGCACACAGUUCACACCCCUGCUGCUCAAUGUCUGUACAGCUCGCUCACGACUGUCUGCUGGUCUUGGAGGGCAUCGUCUUCACUUAGUUGUCUGUGCAUCUUUCUAACUCAUUGAGGGGCACAGUCUCAGUGCACUAUGUAGCAGUUCCAGGACUGAACUCAACUCCUAUCAUUUUCCAUAUUCUCUGGCUCAUGUUGUCAUUUAUUUGAAUGUGUAUUGAUAUCGAUAAGGAAUAGUCCUAUAUAUUGGGAAAACAGAUGAGUAAGACACCAUCCAUCCUGAAGUCGUUCAGAGUGUAGUGGGGAGAUAGAGAUCACUGCACAAUGCAUCGAGUAUUGGGAUAGAAUUAUGUUCUCAGUGGUGUAGGAGCACAGGUGAGGAGGGAGGUGAUUUGGCACAGAAGAUCUGGGAAGGCUAUACAGAAGAGAUGACUUUCAACUGGGCUGGCAAGAUCCGUGGACAUUUAUCAGCGAAAGCAAAAAUACCUGAGAGGGACUCUGAAGAAACAAGGAGUCCUGACAGAUGGCCCUUUGGUAGGGUUGUUCAGUAGCAGGCAGUUUUAAUGCACAAUGGAUAACCAUCUAGCAAAACUGUUCAUCUUUGCCUCUGAAUUUCUUUCAUCUGAAGACUAGCCCAAGCAACCAGCUUUAAUAUUAUAUAAAACAAUUUUUUUGCCAAUGGGGACAUAUUCUAAGUUCUUAAGUUUUACCAACCCUAGAAGCCUUGAGGGGACAGAUAAUUCAAAAACAACAUCUAGUACUCCAUUUGUGCUAAACUCGCCAUUACUAGAGAUGUUUCAAAUGGUAUAGAAGAAGUAGAUAUUACCAGACCAUUUUAAUCAACAUUAUUGAGGUCCAAUUUUCAUAUAAUAAAACACCUAUUUUAAGUGUCAGUGUUUUGAAAAAUUCACACCCACUUUUAACCACCACCACAAUCAAGAAAAAAACAUUUCUAUCACCUAAAAGUUCUCUUUUGCCUUUUCAUAGUUAAUCCCACUCCAGCCCCAGGUAACCACUCUGUUGGUGUAAAUUAGUUUUGUUUGUCCUAGAACUUCAUAUAAAUGGAUUCAUACAGUAUGAAUUCUUUUGUAUCUGACUUCUUUCACUUGGCAUGUUUUUAGACUCAACCAAGUUGUUUCGUGUUUCGGUAGCUCUCUUUGCUGAGUAGUGUUCCAUUGUAUGAGUAAGCCAUCAUUUGUUUAUUUAGCCACCUGUUGAUAGAAAUUUGGGUUUCCUGUUUUGGCUCUUAAGAAUAAAACUGCUAUGAGCAUUUGUGUAAAA